GUUUCUGAUCAAUUUCGCAUUUCCGUCUGAUACAUCGGCUUUGUUAAACGCCUUUGCAAUGAAUGUUUCACUUUAGUUUUUGGGUUAAACCAGUAAAUAGAUGUGCCAACAGAAUGUUUUGCUGUCGUUAGCUAACUUGCUUUCAGUUUUACAGCGUUACUCAUAAAGUCUCCGUGUUACGAAACCUAUUUAUAUUUUGGCUGUGCGCUAUGUUUAGCCUGCUUGUCUCCUGACAGUGGCGGUCAGGCGAGGAUGUCGAGCUGGGUAGUUGCAUAUUAGGCUUGUCAAGUCAUGGUUGGCAGAUAAGCAGGCUAGCCGCUGUUAGCGUUUUAGGCUUGCAGCUUUGUGUUGGGAGUGUUCUAUACAAUACAUGUCGAACGAAAAUGAAGAAGAGGGUGACAAUGACAUGGAAACUGAAGAUCCCGAUAGUGAGGACGCGAAAAAGCCAAAUAUUAUAAAUUUUGACCCCAGCCUUCCAACGUCACAUGCGUACCUGGGUGUGGACAUGGAGGAGUUCCAUGGGCGCACAGUGCAUGAUGAUGACAGCUGCCAGACAAUCCCUGUGCUGCCGCACAUGGCCGUGAUGCUGAUCCCGGGACAGACUCUUCCCCUUCAGCUCUUCAGGCCACAGGAAGUCAGCAUGAUGCGCAGCCUCAUCCAGAAGGACCGCACGUUUGCUGUGCUUGCAUACAGUGACGCAGAUGAACAGCAACCGGAGUUUGGGACGACAGCAGAGAUCUACGCGUACCGCGAGGAGCAGGAGUACGGCAUCGAGACCGUGAAGGUGAAGGCCGUGGGUCGUCAGAGGUUCAAGGUUCAUGAGAUUAGAACCCAAGCUGACGGGAUCCGCCAAGCGAAGGUGCAGAUUCUGCCUGAGAGGGUUCUGCCGGACCCCCUGUCGGGAGUGCAGCUCACCCCUUUGUCCCGUCUGCACAUGCAUCCAUGCUCCAGGCCCCCGGCCAAGCAGUGCAGCCAGGCCCAGCGCUGGUGGAGCAGAUACCAGAAGAGGAAGUUUCACUGUGCAAAAGUGACUUCAUGGCCAGCCUGGGUGUACUCGCUUUAUGAUUCGGAGGUCCUGAUGAACAGAGUGAAACAACAGCUACAUGAAUGGGACGAGAACCUUAAAGAUGACUCCCUCCCCACCAAUGCUAUAGACUUCUCGUACCGAGUGGCGGCAUGCCUGCCCAUCGACGACGCCCUCCGCAUCCAGCUCCUGAAGAUUGGCAGUGCUAUCCAGAGGCUCCGCUGCGAACUGGACAUCAUGGACCGCUGCACUUCACUGUGCUGCAAGCAGUGUCAAGACACCGAGAUAACGACCAAAAAUGAGAUCUUCAGCCUUUCAUUAUAUGGACCCAUGGCUGCUUACGUCAAUCCACAUGGAUACGUCCACGAAACCUUGACAGUCUACAAGGCCAACAAUCUCAACCUGAUAGGACGACCAUCCACACAGCAGAGCUGGUUUCCAGGAUACGCCUGGACGAUCGCUCAGUGCCGGAACUGCGGCUCGCACAUGGGCUGGAAGUUCACGGCCACUAAAAAAGACCUGUCCCCGCAGCGCUUCUGGGGCCUGACCCGCGCCGCCAUGCUCCCUCGCAUCCCCAAGACGGACGGCGAGGACGGCGAGGAGGCGUCCCGGCUGCUGUGCCUAUGAGUGGCUGCGCUGCCCCGGGAAACAACUCCAUCUGUAAUAGUCAAGCUAACAACGUACUUCUUUUAAUGUCUGCUUUCAGAUUGCAUUUUGGCCUGGUCAAGGGAAUACAUUAGAAAUAAGCAUGAAGUAGGGGCAAUUGGGCGGCAGUGUUGACUAAGGACACCCAAAGAGGCUAAGAGAGUAGCUUUAGCUGCAGACUGUCACAUCAGAAACAUGGCAUGCUAGUCUGCUGAGCUCUAUCAACUCAGCACCGCCGUUGCACAGCGUCCAUAUACUCACUUAUCCACAACAACUCGAUGUGUUUACUGCUGUUUGCCCCCUACCUCUUUAUCCUAGUAGGCGAGGUGGUGCCAUCUACCUACAGGGAGCUCUGCAUGCGGUCUGAUGUUUAGGAGCGGAUGAGGGGGACAAACAGCACAUCUGGGGAACAAGUACUCAACUCCCUUUUGAAGUUUCUACCCGUUUUUAGUCUUCUAGAUUCCAACAAUGUGGAUUUGAGCCUGUCUUUGAAAUCUUUUCUAGGUAAUCCAUGUAUGUCAGUGUUGGGUGCUUGCUUUCUUUCUGAGGUGUAAAGAGAAAUGUAUUAUAUGAUUGUGCUUCUGAGCAUUGACUUUUCAAAUUGCGGUUGAAUGUCUUUGCAAGGGGCAUUGUGAAAAAAGGAAUCUGAGAUUGAUUAUAUUUUAAGAGUUUUGAAACUUAUUUUGACUAAGCAAGUGUAUUUAUUUUUGUUUUUUUUUUGUUUUUUUACAUCUUGCUACUGUUUAAGGGGACUUUAAUCAUUUUGUAAUAAUGUUAAUCUUAGGAUUAACAGUGAUUUGUCAGCAAACCUACAUCUCACAUAAAUCUACAAAAAUGUAUGUUCCAUUUUUCUGCAAUAUGAGCAAAUGAAUAUAAUCUAGUAUGUAAUAUCCACAUUUUUAUUUGUGAAUGUGUCUUUGUUAAAUACAGAAUGGAUGACUAGAAAAA